CCUGCAUACCGCAUAACCCGCGCCCUCCGUCCGCCGCGUCGGGCGAGGGGGCGUAUUACUAUAUAGCCCUCGCCGGCCCCGAUACGAUCGAGCGAACUCCGAACCCGGGGGCAUCCUCACGUCAGGACCCGACGAUGAAGAGCCUACUGCUGCUCGCCCUCGCAUCGACGACGGCGCCGCUCGCACGAGCAUGGGGCGCGGAGCGAUGCGCCUCCUUUACCCUCAAAGAAUCCGGGGUCGCGCCCGUCUCCGCGUUCUCCGCCCAGUUCUACGACGCGGGCGACUUUGUGAACGUCACGAACCCGUUCUCGUCUAUCAAUACCACGUCGUUGCCGGCGUUUUGUCGGAUACAAGUGGCGAUCGUGUCGAACCAGACGGCGGGGAGCGUCGUGAACACGGAGGUGUGGCUGCCUGAAGCGUGGACAGGCCGGUUCUUGACGGUGGGGAACGGAGGGUACGCCGGAGGAGCUACCGUGGAAGACCUAGGAUACGUCGGAGUCGCCCAAGGAUUUGCGGGAGUGUCGACGGACACGGGCCACGUCUCCACUGCGGGAGGAGCGAACUGGACUCUCGGCGACGUUAACGCGAUAACAGAUUGGUCGUGGCGCGCGAUCCGGCUGUCCGUUCUUAUCGGAAAAGAGACAGUCGAACAGUAUUACAACCAAAAGAUCACCAAGAGUUACUAUCUGGGAUGCUCGACAGGCGGUCGUCAGGGACUCAUCGAAGUGCAACGAUUCCCGACCGACUUUGACGGCGUUCUGAUCGGCUCUCCAUCCAACUGGAUGACGCAUCUCCAACCCUGGGGACUGCACGUCGGCAACCUCGUCCAACCCGUGAACUCCUCCCGGUGGAUCCCGGCCGAAACGUGGGCAGGGCUGAUCCACAACGAGGUCUUGAGGCAAUGCGACGGGCUCGACGGGGUGAACGACGGGAUCUUGAACGAUCCGACGGCGUGCCACUUCGACCCUUCGCCGAUCACAUGUGCCGGAGGCACCCUCCCGGAUCCGACGAACCCCAUCUGCCUCAGCGCGGACCAAGCCGACGCGGUGACCAAGGUGCUCUCGGACUAUUACGCCGAGGACGGCUCGUUCGUGUUCAACGGGUACUACCCCGGCGGCGAGGUCGGCUACCCGACCGGGUACGUCGCAAACGUGUCGAACGUGUACGCGAUCGACUACGAGCGCUAUUUCGUGAUGAAUGAUUCGAUGUGGAACGCGACGAGUCUCAACGUGGACGUGAUUAGGCUCGGGGACGAGCUCGACGUGGGACGAACGAACGCCAUCGAUCCCGACAUCCGCCCGUUCGUGAACGCGCCGCACAACGGCAAGAUAUUGCACUACGUCGGUCUCGCCGACCAGCUGAUCUCGCCCGGAAACUCCAAGCUGUACCACCAGAACGUGGCCGGUUUCAUGGCCCAGCACGGACGCCUGGACGUCGACGACUUUUAUAGGCUGUUCACCGUUCCGGGCAUGCAGCACUGGUACGGCGGAUUCGGCGCGAACGCGUUCGGGGCGAGUCGACAGGCGUCUCUCGGGAUGACGCCGCUUUCGCAUAGCCCCGAAAACGAUAUCGUACAAGCCCUCGUCGCGUGGGUCGAGCACGGGCGCGCGCCGACGCAGCUGAUCGCGGCGUCGUGGGUGAACAACUCGGACGCGAACGGGUUGGCGUUCACACGGCCGAUAUGCAAGUUCCCGCUGCAGGUAAAGUACAAGGGAGGAAAUCCGAACGUGGCGAGCAGCUUCUUCUGCGGAUGACGAAUGACGGAUGACGCUGCGAAGACGAAAUCAAAUUGUAUACGUGAUGUAGCAUUAUGCAACGUGAAAGCACAAAUCAAGCACAUCAAAAC